AUGGCACAAUCAGCACAGACGUUUCAGGUUAUCAUUGCUGGUGGUAGCCUGGUAGGCCUGACGACAGCACUGGCUUUGGAGAAGGCUGGAGUCGAUUAUGUCCUGUUGGAGAAGCGUGAGAUCGCCCCACAUAUGGGGGCAUCCAUCUCCAUUCACCCUCACACCCAGCGGGUGAUGGAACAGCUGGGGGUGUGGCCUGAGAUCAGGGCAGGCGUGCUCCCACUCGAGGACAGGCAACACUAUGAUGAGAACGGUACCUUGUUUGAGGACUCUGCGAUACUUCGGGAGAUAUCCAAACUGUGUCACAACCGGCACACUGCAUUUAUGGAACGCAAGUUCUGGUUGAGUUGCCUCUAUAAUACCAUCGAGGACAAGUCUCGCAUUCGCGCCAACACUGGAGUGGCCUCGUUCGUCGAGUCCUCAGAAGGCGUAGAAGUGACGACGGAGAGCGGUGAGGUGCUCAAGGGGGACAUCCUGAUAGGCGCCGACGGCGUCCACAGCCACAUCCGAAAUCUCUUAGCAGACAAGAUCGACGCCACGGAUGCCGCUGCCGCGCAAAAGAUGCGGGAAUGCUAUGUAAGCACCUACCACGCCAUCUUUGCCACCUCGAGGAAUCUCAACACAAAGGGAGAGCUGUUCCUUCCGGAGCGCAUGGUGCACAACGUCUACUACCAAGGCGCAUCUGGCGUUGCUGCCGCCGGUGUCACCGGUCUUGUCUUUUGGUUUCUAUUCGUCAAAAGUGACCAGGUGACCAAGACCCCCAACACACCCCGCUUCACCGAAGAGCAGACACUAGCCACAAUCGCCAAAUAUGGAGACCACGCCCUCGGCCCUGGAUACACCUGCAAGGACCUAUGGGACAGCCGAGUCAAAGCAAACAUGGUGCCACUCGAAGAGGGGGUGCUUCAGACGAAAUGGAACUCCGGCGGCAGGGUCGUCCUGAUGGGAGACGCCGUGCACAAGGCGACGGUCAACCCGGGGCUGGGGGGCAACCUCGCAGUGGAGGGCGUCGUGCACUUGAUGAACGAGCUCGUGCCCCUCCUGCGCAGGUGCGGGGAGGACGGCGCGCGGAAACCGACGGGCACUGAGCUGGCGGCCGCGUUCGACGAGUACGAGAGGAAACAGCGGCCGCAUGCCGGUAUGAUCGUGAAUGCGUCUGGCUACAUCACGCGCUACGAGGCUAUGGAGACGUGGUGGCUCAGGGUGGCCCGUCGUGUCUCCCCUUGGCUUAGUGACUUCACCAAGGCGAGUGGUUUUGCUCGGUACAUAAAUGAGGGGCCGUGGUUGAAUUUCUUGCCUAACCCAGAUGAGGAGGUGAAAGCUGGUGAGGAGGGUCUGUGA